AUGCUGAGACUGACAAGACUCACCGACGAUUCCAGUAAAAAGUCUGUGAAUGUACCAAGUCCACAGGACUAUGCCAUGCAUCGUCAAAAUUACUAUGGCAAAGGACUUUGGACAAGACUUCUUCUCUUCUCUCCACUUCAGCAUACGUCUCGUCGAGCCGGUCUAAUCUGCACCAACUGCGACACCAACCAGACGACCCUGUGGCGUCGAAACGGCGACGGACAGCCGGUCUGCAAUGCUUGCGGACUCUACCAAAAGUUGCACGGAGUAAGUUCGGGUGAACUAGACGCGAAGGUCAUGACGUGUAGGCCCGUAGGGUUGACAGGUGUCGGACCGGAUUGCCGGGCGCCAUGGUUGCCGUCUCCUCCUCCCGGAGAAGACACGAAAUACCCAAUUGCUGGCCGGGCAAAUGGCGGGGCGCCAGUCGGGCUGACAGCUGCUGACUUGCCCAGUCUGGCGUUGGUACCAGCCCCCUUCGAGCGGGUCCCGGUCCCGGUCCCGGUGCCGGUGCCGACCGAGGCCGAAUAA